AUGUCAAUUGCUUACAGUUUUGCAAAAGAUAAUAGAGAAUUCAGUGGAGGAAGGACUGAUUCUCCAGGACCUAAUAAUUAUGAUCCUGAAAAGAGUAUGAGAGUAGUAAAAGAAAUGUCUCCCGAAUGGUCACCUGAAGCUGGAGAUCAAAACCCAGGCCCUGGAUAGUACGAUGGUGACGUAAAUAAGUUGAAGCACAACUUGUCCUACUCAAUCGGAGGGAAAGCAAGCAAGCAAACUCCUCUCAAGUCAGAUAAAUUGAAAGUCCCAGGCCCAGGUUCUUACGAUCCUACUGCUUUGAACAAACCCCCAUCUUUCUCAAUCGGAGGAAAGCGCAAGGAUUAAAGACCCUCUUAGGUCCCUGGACCAGGUCAAUAUGAUAUCGCUAGCAAUAAUUCUGUAAGAGGUUCAGCCAACCUUCACAGCUCUCCUUUCGGCAUCGUUUCUAAACGAGAUUCCCAAGGAACGUAUGCAUCAGGUAAAAAAUAAAGAGAGUUUUCCCCGGGUCCAGGAGCCUACGAACCAAAUGUCGAUGCUGUCAAGUAUAAAAACCCUACAUAUGGAAUAAAUAAAGGGUAAAAGGGCAUAACUAGCAAGGAUAUCUUGCCAGGUCCAGGUCAAUACGAUGGUUUGAGCAAGGAAAUGGGGAAGUCAUUGCAAAAUGUCACUAUUAAAUCAAGACCUAAAACAGCUAAGAUUCAAUAAACUCCAGGACCUGGAUAGUAUUCAGUUGACAACAGAACUAUUGACUAAGAUCUAAAGUCUUAAAGAGGUGCUUCAACUUUGAAAAAUAAAUCUGAAAGACUUUAAUCCCUUAAUAGAGAUUAAGUUUAAAACCCAGGUCCAGGCUAGUAUGAUGCUAAUCUUUCAGUAAUUAAAGAUAGAGUGAAGCAGACCCCUAUUAGCAGAACUGGCAGAAGUAGUAUAGUACCCAAGGAGGAAACAUACAAGCCCGGCCCAGGUAAUUAUGACAUUCCUCAUAACAAAAGUGUCUAAUCUUUCAAGAUUGGUUCUAAAAUUAAGGAUUCAAUUAAGAACACUGUACCUGGCCCAGGUAACUAUGAUCCAAAUACAAAUGCAGUGAAAGAUUCAAUUAGGAAUGUCAAGAUUCCAUUCCACAACAAAUCUAUGCUUUAGCAUAGCAAGUCUUCUAUUCUGACUCCAGGACCAGGCCAAUAUGACAGAGGGAAUGAUUUCGGUAAAAAUGUCCCAUCAGUUUCAAUUAGAGGAAGACCUAAAGAUUAAUAAGAAAAAAAUAUACCAGGUCCUGGUCAGUACGAUCCAAAUGAUUAUUUUUCAAAAGAAAGAGUACCAACAGCUACCAUAAAACCAGGCGGAGGUAGAGAGAAAAAUUAGAUGUUUUAAACCUCAAAUAAUGUUGGACCAGGAUAAUAUGAUGAUAAGAGCAAAGAUUUCGGCAAAGAUGUGAAGAGCUUUAAAUUCCAAAGUAAGCCUGAGUAGAAAAUAGACGAUAAACCAGGUCCAGGUUAAUAUGAUCCUAAUCCAAAUAACGUGAAAGAUAGUUUGAGAAGUGUUAAGCUUAGUAAAAGCCAGAGACCAGAAAUGACAUCAAAAGAGGUAAAGAACCUUCCAGGACCAGGUAACUAUGAAUCUUACAAGCAGUUUGGUAAAGAUGUGCCUAUGGUUAGUAUAAUGGGCAAAAGAGAACCACUUAAGAAAGAUAAUAUUCCAGGCCCAGGUAGUUACAACAACGUUAAUGAAAUCUAAAGGGACAAAAGUCCAUCUUUUAGAAUAGGUACCAGCAAGAGACAUGAUAUAGUAGACAAAAAUGCAAAUCUUAACCCAGGUCCUGGCAACUAUGACGCUCACUCUACAAUUGGAGCAAAUGGUCCUAAGUUCACUUUUUAACCUAAGAAUGAGCAGCUUAUAAAGGACUAAAGUCCAGGUCCUGUGGCCUAUGAGCCAAACGUUAACUAUAUCAAGGAUAAUCUGAGAGGAUUCCAGAUUGGUAAGAGCUAGAGAUAAGAUAUUGUAUCAAAAGAAGUGAAAGAGCUACCAGGACCUGGUGGCUAUGACACUCCUAUGAAGACUGUAGGCCCUUAAUAUACAAUGGGAGGAAGAAGCAAGAGCAGAACAGACAUGAUGCCAGGACCAGGCUAGUAUGAGCAAUCAAUUGAUGCAGUUAGAGAUAAAUCACCAGCUUUUGCGAUAAGCAAGACAAUGAGAAGUUCAAUAGUUAAUAAAUCAAUGGCUGAUUUACCAGGACCAGGCAAUUAUGCAAACAAUGAUGAUUUUGGAAAAGAUGUUCAAACUUUUUCAAUCAGAGGAAAGCCAAAUGACACCAAGCCAAACUUAGUGCCAGGCCCAGGAUAGUAUUAAAGCGAUAUCAGUCCAAUUAAGGAUAGAACAGUUGGUUACAAAAUUUCAAAAAGCAAUAGAUAAGACAUUGUUUCCAAAGAAAUGAUUUACUAGCCAGGACCGGGUGAGUAUGAUUCACCUAAGAGAUUUGGAGAAGAUGCUUAGAGUAUUACCAUUAGAGGCAAGCCUAAGGAUAAGGUUGGAAAUGGAGUGCCAGGCCCAGGCAACUACGAUCCAGAAAACCACUUAACUAAGGACUAAGCUUUAACUUCAUUCAAGAUGCCUAGAACUGAGAGAUCUCAAAUGGUCUCCAAGGAAGAGAUCUAGAAACCAGGUCCAGGUCAGUAUCAGAGCACCAAGAACUUUGGAGAUGAUGCUAAGUCUGUGUAAAUCAGAGGCAGACCCAAAGAUAUAGUAGGAAAUGAUAUCCCAGGUCCAGGCAAUUACAACAACGAUGACUCUCACUUGAGAUAUCAGUCACCUGCUGUUAAAAUAGAUCCAAAAUCUAAAAGAGGCGAUAUUGUUGAUAGGGAAUAGCUAAGUCUACCAGGCCCAGGCAACUAUGAUCAGCAUUCAGGGUUAGGAAAGGGCUAAGCAGCAACUAUCAGAGGUAAACCUGCUGACUAGAAGGAUAAUGGUUAGCCUGGUCCAGGCCACUAUGAUGCCUCAGCUGAUGUAGUUAGAGACAAUGCAAGAUCUUAUAGAAUGCCAAAGACUAAGAGAGAUUUCUUGGACGUGUCUGAUGAGUAAAUGCAAUUACCAGGACCAGGCUAAUAUGAUCUUCAUAAGAGCAACAGCGGACCCGCUUACACAAUUAAGGGUAGAGACCCAGCUAAGAAUGAUAAUGGAAUUCCAGGUCCAGGUGCGUACGACAAGUCAGAGGAUAACAUUAGAUUUAAGUAGCCUGCAUUUGAUUUCAGUCGCAGCCCAGAUAGAUCAUUGUCUCCAGAUAAGGAUACUAACCCAGGCCCAGGACAAUACGAUGACCGAGAUUAUUACAUCUCAGGUCAUUCUGUAAUUGUCUAUUCUAUUCCCAAAGGAGAGAUUAAAGACCCUAAGAAUGAUACACCAGGUCCUGGUUACUACAAAAUACCAGUUAAGUUUGCUGACACUAAUGCCUAUUCAGGUAUUAGAGGUAAUGAAGAGUUUAGAUAUGUUUGA